AUGGCUGCUGCAGUACUGGGAAAGCGGUCCCGAAGGAUUCUGGAUGAAGAGGGUAUGUUCAGUAUCUUCCCCGAACUCUUUGGAAUCUCAUUUGACCAAGGCUUCGCAGACAUCUCGACCUCUCGGCCCGUCUCGAAACGGCGAACGCGACGCACUACACCUCAGAUACACGAAGAUAUAGUCGAGCACGAUCGAUUGGAGAAGCCAUGUGCUCGUUCUGUCAGGAAUCGUAACGGACGAGCGAAUGGUACCGUUCAAGACAAGUCGGUAACAAACCAGACGAACACCACUCAGCCAAUUGAGGAUCAGUCACUUCAGGUUUCAGAUGAAAAUGUUCCACCCUUGACAGUUUCGACUCCGUCAACAGCCCGCUUCAAGGAUGCUCUUGCAGCAUUCAGUCCCAGCACACCGAAGCAUCGUGUACGGCUUGCGGGUCGAUUGCUCACUCCUCGGUCACCGUGUUCAUCCACACCAUCAAGAUCACAAAACGUCUACUCUCAAGCGAGGCAAUUGUUCACCCAAGCUAGCCACGGGAAGGUCAUUGGCCGGGAUGCCGAACGAAGCCAACUGACAAAAUUUAUUUCCUCCGCUAUUGAAAAUAGAGUUGGUGGCUGCACAUAUGUCAGUGGACCGCCAGGAACCGGAAAGAGUGCACUGGUUCAGGAGAUCAUACAGGAAUUUCAAGGCCAAUCGGUCAAGGUUGCCACGAUCAACUGUGUCGCUCUUAAAAGUUCCUCGGAAGUUCUGACGAAGGUGACCGAAGAAUUCUGUUCCGAUGGCGGCAAUCGCAAACCGACAAAGGCAAGCCUCACGAAACUGUUCACGACCAAGACGGCGGACUCGGAGAUGUACCUUGUCCUGCUUGACGAAAUCGAUACCCUGAUCGGAGGAAAUUGUGAGGUGUUGUACAGCAUCUUUGAAUGGGCGAUGCAUCCAUCAUCGUCUCUCGUCUUGAUUGGAAUUGCCAACGCGCUUGAUUUCACGGAUCGCUUCUUGCCUCGAUUGAAGAUGAGGAAUGUGAAGCCGCAUUUGUUGCCCUUUCUUCCAUAUUCGGCCCAGCAAGUUUCAACAGUCAUUUCAGAGAAGCUUCGAUCACUGCUGCCAGCCGAGUCAACGGCUGGUUCGGAUUUUGUUCCUCUUAUGCAUCCCGCCGCGAUCCAAUUGAGUGGGAAGAAAAUUGCAGCGCAGACGGGUGAUCUGCGUAAAGCUUUCAGUCUCGUCCGACGUGCUCUUGACCAGAUUGAGCACGAAACCCUUUUGAAAAUGAGUCGAGAGCAGAGCAUGACUCCCGCUAAGCAACCAUUGACGGCAGUUCCGAACUCGGGAAUGAAUCGGGGUCCUCCUGUCAAGACAGAUCAUCACCGGUCCAUUCUCUGCCAGCUCACCGUGGAAACCGCACCCAGAGCCAGUAUCGGUCAUGUUGCCAAAAUUGCGGCGGGCAUCUUCAACAACGGUACACUCUCUCGCCUGGGUGGACUGAACCUCCAGCAAAAGGCUGUUCUGUGUUCUUUGGUUGCCUCUGAAAAUCGGCAGUACCAGCGAGAUCCUUACACAACGCCAUCGAAGUCUUGGUCGAAAAUACCUACGAUCAAAGAGCUUUUUGAAAAAUACGCCAUAUUGUGCAAACGGGAUGAGGGUUUAUUGCAGCCAUUGAAGAACACCGAAUUUCGAGAUGUUGUUGCCAGCCUUGAAACCUUGGGCCUGGUGCAGGAGACUUUGGGACGUAACUCGAGUGUGCUGACCCCGACACCGACCCCGUCGAGAACAGGAAGAGGAAUGGAUGAUAAACAGGUCGUGAGUGCUGUGACUGAGAAGGAGAUGAGAGAUAGUUUAAGUGGGCCAGGCUCGGAUUUGCUGCUCAGAUUACUGGACGACGAUUGA